ACGCAGUUCGGCAACCAGCACGGCCUCGUCGCCAUCGGCAUGGUCGCCGAGCUCCUCAACGAGCUCAACGGCGCGUUCUGCGACCAGACGCUCACGCGCGAGUACAAGUGCGACGCGUACGAGGACGCGCGGCAGCGCCUGUGGUUCACGUUCGCGAACGACUACAUAUGCGGCGUGGACGAGACGCAGUGGUCGAGCGGGGUGGUCAUGCGCAACCUCGCGGUCCAGGAGCAGUUCGAGUACCUCCUCUCUCAGUGCGAGACGCGAUGGGACGGCGACCUCGUCGCCGUCGUCGAGGAAGCGACCGUUCUCUUCCUCGCGCAGUCGACGCUCAACCGCCCGGACAUCAAGGCGGUCGUCAUCGAGAACGACCGCAAGGCGGGUCGGAACGAGACGCUGCCGACGGACGAUCUCUACGCGUUGCACCCGGGAUUUUACGAAGACAUCGCGCCGGCGACGACCAACCUCCGCGAGCCCGCGGUGGCGACGUGGCGCGUCGAGGUGGAUUUGGACGGGCACACGCCGUACGCGGAGGGAGGCGUGCCGCGGCCGGAGGCGCUCGCGGCGAGGGAGGGGACGCUGCUCGCGGAGGAUGGGCCCACGGAGCAGUAUCCGGCGGAGUUCGCGAGGAAGAUGAGCCAGGGCGCGCCGGGGAAGGCGCUGUACGAGAAGACGUAUCAGGUGCACCCGGAUCCGAGGGCGCGUUGGGACGCGGCGUUUUGCGCGAGCAAAGGGACGUCGGACGCGAGUUGUUACCCGAGGGUCACGCCGAAGGUCGGGUACACGCACGACGCGAACGGACGGCGGUUGCUGACGAACCAAGGACAGCCGUUACCGACGGGGUACGUCGACGCGAACGAGCCGCGCAUGUAG